CGACGUAAUUAUUUCAUGAUACAAAGUAUGUAGUUAGGAUAUCAGAAGAUGGUUUUAAUUCAGAUAAGAAUUAUUUUAUCUUCUGUCUAAUUAUUUAUUAUCAGCGAUACAAAAAAUCGUUUCGACACAGAAAAAAAAUUUCUGUUUGUUUUGCCUGGAGGUGGGAAAAUAAAACAGAAUAUGCUGUCCAUAGAAACGUUUUCGACAGAAGCUUAUAUAAUAUCUGAGGGGAUAAAAAAUAUGAGUAUGAUUAAAGUUCACCUGCAUAGUAUAUUUUCUAAUGUUCCAUAACCAUGAUUUGUUUUUAUUUCCCUAUCAUACUUCCGAUAUAUCCAAAUGCUUUACUGGAUAAAAUCAAUCCGCGCUUUCCUAAUUUAACCGGCGGGUAGUUUUUUAUGCUGUAAAAACAACUACAAUUUUUGAUUGCUUUGAUUACUUUCUCACGAAAUACAAUUUUUACUAAUCCUUAUUAUGUCCGAUCUUGUACCCGUAAACGAUCCCAAGUAUAUUCAUGAUGUUGUUAUUACCGAGUCCUCAUUUAAAGAUCAGAGCAUGGAAAUGAUUAAGAUGCAAGAAACAAUUCUGGAGUGCGAGAUGAACUCUCCUGAAACUUCCAAGAAAGCUUACAACCCUAAAGUCAAAGAGUUCCAAGUAUGGUGUAAGGAUGCCUAUAGACAUAUCUUUAUUAAAGAAGAUUUUACAGUCACAGGUCCCGAGUUUUAUUUGUUCCUCAAAACUAUGGUUUGUCAAUUGUUUCUAAUUUAUACAAAAAAAAAAAUUAGAACGUUUAAAAUUUUAGGUUAGAAACCGUCCAAGCAUAUCGUAUUUCCUCCAAUAAAGAUCGUAUAGAAUGACUUUCAAUAUGUGUGGU